CCCCCGGCUUGGGGCCCCCUUCCUUCCCCAUGGCGGGACACCUGGCUUCGGAUUUUGCCUUCUCGCCCCCUCCAGGUGGUGGAGGUGAUGGGCCAGGGGGGCCGGAGACGGGCUGGGUUGAUCCUCGGACCUGGCUAAGCUUCCAGGGCCCUCCUGGAGGGCCAGGAAUCGGGCCAGGGGUUGGGCCAGGCUCUGAGGUGUGGGGGAUUCCCCCGUGCCCCCCACCGUAUGAGUUCUGUGGGGGGAUGGCAUGCUAUGGGCCUCAGGUUGGAGUGGGGCUAGUGCCCCAAGGCGGCUUGGAGACCUCUCAGCCUGAGGGUGAAGCAGGAGCCGGGGUGGAGAGCAACUCCGAGUGGGCCUCCCCAGAGCCCUGCACCAUCCCCCCUGGUGCCGUGAAGCUGGAGAAGGAGAAGCUGGAACAAAACCCGGAGGAGUCCCAAGACAUCAAAGCUCUGCAGAAAGAACUCGAGCAAUUUGCCAAGCUCCUAAAGCAGAAGAGGAUCACUCUGGGAUAUACACAGGCCGAUGUGGGGCUCACCCUGGGGGUUCUGUUUGGAAAGGUGUUCAGCCAAACGACCAUCUGCCGCUUUGAGGCUCUGCAGCUUAGCUUCAAGAACAUGUGUAAGCUGCGGCCUUUACUGCAGAAGUGGGUGGAGGAAGCAGAUAACAAUGAAAAUCUUCAGGAGAUAUGCAAAGCAGAAACCCUCGUGCAGGCCCGAAAGAGAAAGCGAACCAGUAUCGAGAACCGAGUGAGAGGCAACCUGGAGAAUUUGUUCCUGCAGUGCCCGAAACCCACACUUCAGCAGAUCAGCCACAUCGCCCAGCAGCUUGGGCUUGAGAAGGAUGUGGUCCGUGUGUGGUUCUGUAACCGGCGCCAGAAGGGCAAGCGAUCAAGCAGUGACUAUGCACAACGAGAGGAUUUUGAGGCUGCUGGGUCUCCUUUCUCAGGGGGACCAGUGUCCUUUCCUCUGGCCCCAGGGCCCCAUUUUGGUACCCCAGGCUAUGGGAGCCCUCACUUCACUGCACUGUACUCCUCGGUCCCUUUCCCUGAGGGGGAAGCCUUCCCCCUCUCUGUCCCCACUCUGGGCUCUCCCAUGCAUUCCAACUGAGGUGCCUGUCCUAGAAAUGGGGGACAGGGAGAGAGGAGAAGCUAGGGAAGGAGAACCUGGAGUUUGUGCCAGGGCUUUUAGGAUUAAGUUCUUCAUUCACUAAGGAAGGGAUUGGGAACACAAAGGGUGAGGGCAGGGGAGUUUGGGGCAACUGGUUAAAGGGAAGGUGAAGUUCAAUGAUGCUCUUGAUUUUAAUCCCCACAUGUAUCACUUUUUUCUUAAAUAAAGAAGCCUGGGACACAGUAGAUAGACA